AUGUCGGUAUCUACAACCUCUGAGCUUGUGUUGCUCAACUUGCGAUGCGCUUCUGCCAUCAAUGAUAUUUUUGCUUUUAAUAAAAAAUGGGAGUAUCGAUUUACAGACCAUCAACAAGAAGUGUAUGAGCUGGUGGGAUCGAGUCAUGGGCACUAUCUUGAUCUUUUACGGUGUUUGACGGAACUGGGCACACUGUGUACUCAAAGUCGAUUUAUGCUGGAUACGAUGAAGAUGGAACUAACGAUUGCCAUUGAAAAUCGGUCGUAUGACCAAGUGAAUAUCUUUGAACUAAGAGCCUUGUCUCGCCAAUUAAAAGUGGGGUUAGAGAUCUUGGUGAUGCGAUUAAAGCAGUUUGGAAAAGACAUUACGGUGUACGGCAAGGAUAUGGAUAAGGAAAGAAGAAGAAUUAAUCGACAACCUUGUUCGAUCAGUCUGGUCGGGACUAUUGUAAAUUCGGCAUGUGCAGCCAUCACGACGGGAUGUCUUGUCUCGGAUAGGUUUCAUGAUAAAACCGAAGAAACAAACAAGGAUCGUUUGGAGAUACCGCUUGCGAUAAGUGCAGGAGGUUUCUCGCUUACAGCCGCUGCUGCUUGUCACGUCAUGCAAGCACAAAAACAGAAAAAGAAGGAUGGGUUAGUCCAUGUGUUGGAUAAAGUGGAUACGCGUAUGAGAGCUGUGUUUCAUGCUGUGGAUGAAUUUGCGCAUGAUUUAAAAUCACCCAUGCUUUAUAUUGAUCGACAGAUUAAACUUUCAGAAGAAAAUAUUGCAUAUUAUGUGCACCCAAAUCCAGCAAGAGUCUUUUAUCAAGCCAAUUUGAUGCUUGAAAACUCGGUAAAAUUGGACACGAUGUUUCAAGACAUACAAGAGAAAGCAGUAGAACAUUCGAACUUGUUACGAAAUGCUAUCCGGAUAAUGCAUCCUCGCUCACUUCUUUAUCUUUAA